AACUUGAAAAAUGAAAAGUGGAGAAGGAAGAAAGAAGUAAAUUAUGCAUAAUUCAAAGAAGAAAUAUUAACACUAAAAAAAAAAAUCUGGAGUUGUGCAGUAAAUUCACAAUCUCCAUUGUCAAGAAAGAAAGAAAAAAGUAGUAAGAGUAGUAAUAGAAUUGAUAAAGAAGAAGUGAAAUGAGUGAGAAUCAUGUGAUCCACCCCACUCUUCUCUCUCACACUCUUUGUCUCUAAAUCCAAAAUCCAACUAAAAAAGAUCAUAAAUUUAUCCAUCCAUCAAAACUACCCAAGCUUUUUUCUUUCUUUCUUUCUUUCUUUUUUUUUCUGUAUUUGCUUUAUUGUUUUGUGUUUCAAUGGCUUCAAGCGCUUCAAGAUUUAUCAAAUGUGUAACAGUUGGAGAUGGAGCUGUUGGCAAGACUUGCAUGCUUAUUUGCUAUACAAGUAACAAGUUCCCGACCGAUUACAUACCAACAGUUUUUGAUAACUUCAGUGCCAACGUUGUAGUUGAAGGCACAACUGUGAACUUAGGUCUUUGGGACACGGCUGGACAAGAGGAUUACAACAGACUAAGGCCAUUGAGCUACAGAGGUGCAGAUGUCUUUGUCUUAGCUUUCUCAUUAGUUAGUCGAGCAAGCUAUGAGAACGUACUAAAAAAGUGGAUUCCUGAACUUCAGCAUUAUGCCCCAGGCGUCCCUGUGGUUCUGGUUGGCACCAAAUUGGAUCUUCGUGAGGAUAAACAUUAUCUGGCUGAUCAUCCUGGCUUGCUGCCGGUUAGCACCGCACAGGGCGAGGAGCUCCGCAAACAGAUAGGUGCUGCUUAUUACAUUGAGUGCAGCUCAAAAACUCAGCAGAACGUGAAAGCAGUUUUUGAUGAUGCAAUCAAAGUUGUAAUCAAGCCACCCCAGAAACAGAAGGAGAAGAAGAAAAAGCCAAGUCGAGGAUGUCUAAUAAAUGUCUUCUGCGGGAGGAACUUCGUGCCUGCUAAAUGAGACGGAUUGGCUUCAGUCAAAAAUCAAAUGCUUGUGUUCCUCUUGCCACCUAGAAAUUCUUUUUAGACAAACAGGAUCAAGUCCGCUUGUUUAUCAUGCAACGCUUUUAGCAUACAGAUUUAUUUCUAAUCUUACGCUUUAAUUCGGAUGCUAAUUUACUAUAGUGAUUUCUUGUAUAGAGUUAAAGCUUAAUGGACUUGUGGUUUUAUGCAUGGAAAAGAAAAAGACAAGUGUGCUUUGAGUUA